CUUAUAAAUUAUUAAACUCACGUUUUGAGUAACUUUAUCAAUUAUUUAUCUUACCUUAAUCACAUAUUGAUGUUAUUUCCUUCCUUAUCUUGCUAAUGUUCAAUUGUUUACUAUGUUCUUUCGAGAUUGAGUGUAAAAAACAAAUUUUUCAUAGAAACCAAGGAUAUCAGAAUUAAUAGCUGAAAAGCACUACAGUGGGCGUUAAAAAUGGAGGAUGGUGUCGAAGAUAUCGAGUUAAAUCCCACCCAAGUCCGCAGGACGAUGACUCAGAUGAACAAUGUGGCUAGGCAAAUAGCUGUUAACUUUAUGCCAUCACGUCAGCUGCCUCACAAUACGCUGCGGGCGCGGCGCGGGGCGGACGUGGACGUCGACGCGUCCUCGCCGGACGAGGAGCGGCGCGCGGACAUCAUCGUGCGGGAGAUGGAGCACCACGGACACCUGAUGGAGGACAACCCCGUCGCCGAGGAGCUCAGGAGGGAGGCCCUCCGCGAGCUGCCCCAGGGUCUGACGAUGAAGCGCAGCGUGCGCGCCAAGCUGUCCGCGUCCGUCAGCCUGCGCAGCAAGCGCCGCCCGCUCUCCACCUGGAAGCGGUUCAAGUAUCGCGUCGGGUUCGCCUGGAAACGGUUCCGCGGUCGCUGCAGCGCCGUGCUAUUCUCCGUGGAGCUGUGGUACGACGACAUCCGCGCGGUGGAGGGCGCGCUGGGCUCCGCCGCCGGCUCCUACUUCCGCCUGCUGCGUCAGCUGUUCGCGCUUGACGUGCUGCUCGGCGCCGCGCUUCUGCUGCUGCUGGUGCUGCCGCAGCUGCUGCACGACGCUGCCGUCGGCUCUACCGGUGACAGCCUGAGCGCAGCAGACUUCGUCAGCGGCAAGGGUGGUCUGGAGAGCUCCGUAUUAUUCUACGGUCACUACUCGGCGGGCGAGGUGGCGGCGACGGGCCCGUCGUUCAGUAUGCCGUUCGCUUACUUCUUCACGAUGCUUUGCCUGUACAUGGUCACUUUCGCCGUGCUGUGUUACAAAACGGCAGCGAUGUACCGGCAGCACUUCAUAGAGUCGAGCUCGGGCGGCGCGGUGUUCGCGGCGCGCGUGUUCUGCGGCUGGGACUUCGGCAUCGUCGCGCCGCACGCCGCCGCGCUCGCCGCGCACGCGCUAUACAACGAGUUCAAGGAGCUCCUAGCGGAACAGACCGCGUCACGUGGUCGGCUCACGUGGUGCGUGCGUGCGGCGCGCACGCUGGUCAACGUGGUCGCUAGCGGCGUCGCGCUGGCGGUCUCUGCCGUGCUGGCGUACGGCGUGUGGCGGCUGCUGGCGGCGGCUGGCGACAGGGAGCUGCUGCUGUCGCUGGCUAUUACUGCGAUAUUAGCUGCUACUCCGCUGCUGUUCCAUUUGGUGGCGAAGUUGGAGUACUACAAGGCACGCACGGCGUUCUACGUGACGCUCGCCCGCACUUGGCUGCUCGACAUCACCAUCUUCAUGAUACUGUUCGUGUACUGGGCGCAAUCUGGCACGAAGUGCUGGGAGACGAGUUUCGGCCAGGAGAUGUACCGGCUGGUGGUGUUGGACACGCUGGUGUCGCUGCUGCUGCUGCCCGCUAUCGACCUCAUCAGGGGAUGCAUUUACAAGUGUCGCGGCUGGUCGGGUCCGGACUUCAACGUGUCUCUGCACAGUCUCUCGCUCAUCUACAACCAGUCUGUGGUGUGGUUCGGGCUGGCGUUCGCGCCGCCGCUGGCGCUGGUGCUCGCUGUCAAACUGCUGCUGCUGUUCUACGUCAACCGCGCGACCGCGCUGCGCAUGUGCCAUCCCGCUAAGAAGGUGUGGCGCGCGGCUCAGUCGCAGACGCUGAUGUUGGUGCUGGUGACGCUGUCGCUGUUCGCCACGCUCUUCGCCAUCGGAACCAUGUUCCUCGGGUCGGAGCCGCGCUGCGGUCCGUUCACGGGUUAUAGUGCUGUGUACGAGCUGGUGACGCAGGACGUGCUGCGCCUGUCCAGCCGCCGCGUGCUGCGCGCCACGCUCGCCGCCGCUACGCGCCCCGCCGCCAUCGCCGCGCUGCUGCUAGCGCUCUGUGUCGCGGUGUACUUCGUGCGUGCCAAGUCGCAGGCACAGCGGUCGAUGGUGGCGCUGCUGCGGCAGAUGUUGGUGCUGCAGGCGCAGGACAAGGACUUCCUGCUGGGCGCCAUCGAGAAGGUGUCUAAAGGAGAGUGGCUAUACAGUCCACGCUCGGAGACCGCAGACGACAGUCACACUUGGCGCUACGUGCACGACGUGCGCCGCCCCUCCAACGCGGGCUUCCAGCUUGCACGCCCGCUCAGCGUGCACGGUGGCGUCCGGCCCGUCAGCGGCGUGCAAGCUAGCGUGCACGCUGACGGCGACACCGACAGUUCCUUCAGCUGGCAGGGCUCGGACACGGCUCUGCAUCCCCACGACCAGUAGAUUGGGAGGUAUCCAAAUGUUAAUAUUAUAUUUAAAGAGAUUUGGAAGUAUUAAAACGAUUGUAUAUCAACACCUCCAAGGCGCGCUUCCAACUCGCGCGCCCGCUCAGCGUGCACGAUGGCGUCCGGCCCGUCAGCGGCGUGCAAAUUGGCGUAUGCGAUAUUUAGGUAGUUACGUUCGACCGUAUUUAAAAUUUAUAAUGGUUUUUGAUAGUCACAGGUGUCAAAUUCUGUCUGAUAAAGAGAAAGUUUGUCUCUAAAUAAUACAUACUUUUUAUAUAAACGAGUUGGAAAGUCAAUUUUUUAUGACACUAGCUAGUGUUUUUAGAUUACGAUUUCAACAUCGUCUUAGCUUGAUGCAAGGUAACAAAAUCUGGUUUCACUGUUUUAACCCUUACAAUGUUUUGUUUAGAAAAACUUGGAAUAAUUAGGUAUUUACUUAUGAAAUAAUGCGGUUGUUAGAAAAAGUAUUAAAUGUUAAUUAAGUAAUUUUGCCAUUAAACUUGGACCGA